AUGCCUAAGCUUGUGGAGGCAUAUGUAGAAGUUAGAUACUCUGAUAUCAAUAGUUUUAUUGGAUCAACCACAUCUGUCAAACGUCUUACAAUAUGUUCAAAGACUGUGCAUAGUGAUGCUUUUGUCUUCAACCAGCUUGAGCAUUUGAAGCUAUGUGUAUGUACUUCAGACAAAUCACUGAGUCUCCUUGUCCGGUUUCUCAAGGAUUCUCCUAACUUACGUGUACUAGACAUCGAUGUUCAUUGUGGUAUGCGUUGGGAUGAUCCUGACUGUGUUCGGUCGAGUUUACAAGCUUUCAACUGGUCUGAAUACGUGGAAAGAAGACCACAAGAAAGAGAUCUUUCGGUUUACAUCUUUGGACAGCGUUGGUCGCCUCAAGGACUGCAACAAUCUCACAUGACGCAUGUUUAA